UUGACGGCCUGGUCGCGUAGCUGACUGCCGUGGUACGAGCCACCACAUCUCUAGACAUGAGGGGGACGCGAUCCAAGCCUCACCUCGUGUUGGCCAAAAGGCUCAGCCUUGUGCGCAAAGAUGAAAUAUAAGUAUAGCUGCCCUCCCUCCAGACCCCUCUGGGGUACGAAGUAUAUCGGAUGACACUACCGCCAAUGGACAAAAUGCUUCGUUCGCUUGGCCUCGCAUACGCAUUCAUAGUCGGCAGGGCGUUGGCAUUCCCUCGGGCCGGCCUAGCCCCAACUCAGCCUGGAGUCUUGGAUCUAGCGAUCGAGGGACGAAGCCCUAUUCCAACAGCACUCGCGGACGCUGCCAAUCCGCUCAAGCUAUUUCGACGCGAGGAAACUCGGACCUGCGGCUACAUCGAUGGAGACUAUGAUAACCCGGCAACAUGCGGCGUUGACUACUACUGUGCUUUCAACUCGUACAAUGGGGCAUUUGGCUGCUGUUCCGGUGUCUUGAGCGAUUGCUAUAUUGAAACAGCAUGCUAUCCCAGCGCCGCGGCAGUGGCCUCAUGUGAUUCCAGUUGUCUCGUGAACCCGUAUCACUACAUUUGCACCGCGGGUGUGGAUACUUUGUGCUAUCAAUAUGUCUGGGUGACCGGCACGACCGAGUAUACCAAUUUCGGCUGCGGUCCUAUAGAUUAUACAUCCUAUGUUUACGACGACUACACCAACGGGCCCACCAGCCGCUCGUCCAUCUCUCGAGAAGUCAUCACCGUCACGCAGGUCGCUACUCCCACGUCGGAACGGGUGACAUCUACUCCAACGCCAACCACAUUUGUGUCGACGACCACUACCGGCGCGUCCGCAGGCUUAGCCACCACCACGCCCUCGUCCGGCGGCUCGAAGACCCCGGUGGGAGCUAUCGUUGGGGGCGUGGUGGGCGGCAUUGCAGUCAUCGCGAUUGCGGCCACUAUCAUCGCUAUCCUAAUUAUGAAAAAGAAGCGUCAAGCCCAGUUCGCACAGCCGCAGUUCGCCCCUCAGCCUGCGCAGCCGCAAUAUAUGGAGCAGCCUAAGCAGCCGUACAUGCAGCAGGCGCCGGUGUGGGACAACACGCACACAGCGGGGAACCAGGGGGGAUAUGCUCCCACGAGCCCGCCUAUGAGUCCGCCGGUGAGCCCGGCUCCUCCGUACGGCCAUCAGGAAUAUCAGCAACCAUCCCGGCCUAUGCCUAAGGGCGUACAUGAGGCCCCUUGAGGCUGGAAUACAGGGCUGUAGCUUCGUGGCUAGUCGAAGGAGCAACUACCCUUUUAGUAAUUACGUGACCAUCAAACUUUCAGUC